CAGCUGAGCAGAGUAUGUUCACCUUGAGUUAAGCUCCUACGUGAGUGAGGAAAGAAAGCCAUCAUCAAUGGAGCUCCGAUACCAGGAUUCACCAUCAGUGUAUCAUGGCAUGGCAACGGAUAAAAUGCAGAAACAGAGUCAGUUUGCUGAUGGAGCUGUGAUGACCCAGACAGCAGAAGAUCUGCCCUCAGGGUCAAUGUCACCUCCUCCUCUCUCAAACAGCCAUCCACCACACCCGUGAUCGGACUCCACCCCCUCUUGCAGGCUCCGCCUUCUCAGCCCUUCAGUGCAGACUCAGUGUGAACUCGGACUUGAGGACCUCAGCAGCACCUCUGAGCUGCACAGAUUUUAGAAAAAGAAGAAGAAAGGGCAGAGGAAGAGGAGCAGGACUGAGACUUGUGUGAAUCUGCUGGAUGCCUCAGAUGUUCUGGAUUUAAUUGAAACCAUGAAGAAGAUGUGGAGCUGGAAGCUGCUGCUGCUGCUGCUGCUGGAGGGUCUCUGCUGCUCAGGUGUCCUUGGAGCUUCAGAGCUGGCCUUCUUGAAGGAGCCCAGUGAUGUCAUUGCAGUCAGGGACCGCCCCCUGAUGCUGGACUGUGAGGUGGAGGGGGAAGGGCCCAUCACCAUCACCUGGAGACGUAACGGGGUUCCCAUAGCGACCGGCACCAGGGUGACGGUGCUCGCCAACGGCACGCUACUCAUCAGAAAUUUCUCCAAAAGACGAGAGAGCAACGAGACAGACGCCGGAGAGUACGAGUGUGCCGCGCAGAACCGCUACGGCAUGCUGGUCAGCCGCAAGGCCCGUGUCCAGCUCGCAUCCCUCCCUAAGUUCCUCUCUCACCCACAGUCCAUGGAUGUGGAUGAAGGGGGUGUGGCCAGACUAACCUGUCAGGUAAAUGGGAUCCCAGAGGCCAACAUCACCUGGCAGAAAGACCGACACCCACUGAGCACUGAAGACCACAGGUACACCCUGCUUCCUAACGGCGUGCUGCAGAUCACCAGCGUUCGACGGACUGAUGGCGGUUUGUUUCGCUGCGUCGCCUCAAACAUCGCCAACAUUCGCUACAGCCAUGAGGCCCAGCUGUCUGUCACCGUUGCAGGAUCCAGGAUCUACAAGGAGCCUGUCAUCCUGUCCGGCCCUCAGAACCUCACCAUCAACGUCCACCAGACCGCCAUCCUGGAGUGCGUUGCCACAGGAAACCCUCGGCCCAUCGUGUCCUGGAGUCGCCUCGACGGCCGGUCCAUCGGCGUGGAGGGGAUACAGGUUCUGGGAACAGGAAACCUGAUGAUCUCUGAUGCCACUCUGCAGCAUUCAGGAGUUUAUGUUUGUUCAGCCAACAGACCGGGCAGCAGGUCCAGGAGGACGGCGCUCGGACGCCUCGUCGUACAAGCUCCUCCAGAGUUUGUUCAGUGGCCGCAGUCUGUCUCCAGACCAGCAGGGGCCAGCGCUGUCUUCAGCUGCACGGCGUCCGGUGUCCCUGACCCACACCUCAUCUGGCUGAAGAACGGCAAACUGCUGAUGCCCAGUGGCAACGUCAAGCUCACCAACGGGAACACGACGCUUGCCAUCACACGUAUCACCCCAGACGACGAGGCCAUCUAUCAGUGCAUUGCUGAAAACAGUGCCGGCACCAACCAGGCCAGUGCCCGCCUCGCCAUCAGCCAAGGGUCCGAGCAACCCGAGGCCCCCACAGGCCUCCAGGUAGUGCCGCUUAGCUCCAGCAGUCUGCAACUCACCUGGGACCAGCCGGCAGAGCACGUGAGCCAGCAGAUCAUCGGAUAUGUCCUGCAUAUCAGGAAACUGGGGGAGCCGGACAGCGCUGAGCUGCAGGAGGCCGUCAGUAAAACCACCUUCAAACAUGAAUUCAACAACCUGGAAGCAGCCACCACCUACUCCAUCUACCUGAAGGCGUACUCUGCUCUGGGCGGCAGUCAGCAGUCCAACAGCAUCAUGGCCACCACGCUGGGGGGCGUUCCCAGUCCUCCCAGUUUCUUCACUAAGGUCCUGAACCAGACUGCCAUGCAGGUGUACUGGGAGCUUCCCAGCAAGCCAGGGAAGCUGGAGGGUUUCAGACUGGAGUACCACGGGGUUUCCAACCCAGAAAUGCAGGGGCAGGAAAUCUUCCCAGCACAUAUCAACACCCACACCAUCUCCCACCUGGAGCCAGCGGCCGUUUAUGAGAUCCAGCUGGUGGCAUUUAAUGGGAACGGAGACAGUCCGUCUAACCGCCGCCUCGUGUCUCUGGCAGAGGGAGAAAGCGCUGCAGCAGCUGGUCCGAGCUGUAACUGUGAUCCGUCCAACGGCUCGAUGUCCACUCUGCUGGUCGGCCUUCACAGCGGCCUCGCCUGCAUCCUCUGCUGCUUGCUGCUCAUCCUGCUGGGAUACAGACGCAAUUUUUUCUGCAGGAAGGCGGAGAGCUGGGAGACUCCGCCCACUUUGAACAGUGUCAGAGGUCCUAAAGGUCACACACCUGAGAGCUUUGAGCUCAGCCAGAGAUGUGACUCCACCCCUGCUCCCGUGAUGGUCAUGGUCGAACCGGCUCCACCCGUCCAGCCCGGCACAGGAUAAAACCCCACACAUUACCCCAACCCCUCCACCCCACCUCCUGAACGCUGGCCUAUGGUGCCUCCUCUCCUCCUGACAGCCUUACAGCCUCUUAUAGCCUUCAAUAUGAGAGAUUAACAUAGAAAUGAUUGAGAUUAUGAUAAUGACGAGAAAGCGUCUGGUCCCACAGGAGGACUGAACCCUUCACACCACCCAACUCUCCAGCACAGCUCAGAUGUCCGUCUGCUUUGACACCAAUUCACCACGAGUUUGUCUUCAUUGAAACCAAAGCUGAAUUCUUCUGAUUCCAUUUUUAAACAAACGUUGGUCACAAAACGUUGGUCACAUGACUCCGGCUCCUCCUCCUGUGCGAUCAGACGCUGACGUCCUCCUUACUUCCUGCUGAAACCAAAAGCUUUUUUCUUCAGUUUGGGCUCAUUUUGAUUUAGUCACCAAUGGUGCCAAAUUUCCUGAGAUGAUGAGGCCUUCCACUGGUCUGACCAGAGACAGGCCCUCUGAGAUCCACCUGUGCAGGUAGUCUACCUGCCAUUUGCUGGUCCUCAGAGGCCCAGAACCAAAGGGAAUGAUUAUUUCUCUGGUCAGCAGGUGACCUUAGAGGACACUAAUAUUCCUCUGCUCCACUUUAGCCUUUCAGUGUUUGUCUGUCUCACUGAAUUCGCCUCCAGUCAGGAUGUAGAUGAGGCCCACAGUCAGCUGGCUUUUCUACCCCUCCAUCCCUCUCUCCAAACUCCUCCACCAAACUCUACCUCCAAAGAGAGCUACCUCGGGCUUCACGCCAAACCUCUACAUUGCUGUUAGCCUCCUGCUGCUGGUCAAGCUAACCUACCUCAAAACCAAAAGCCUCAUUUGGGCUCUUUCCACAUUUUACCUUUUUGUCAGGACAUCCUGUGCCCAACCAUCACCACAAAACUUUCUGAACUCUAAAUGUUGCUUGUAUGAACCCGGUCCUCCUGUGCUGGACCUGUCCAUUGUUGUCUGUAGAUGCACAGCUCUCCAGAUUGAAGCAGGUGUCUGCUGAUGAAGGAUAGAAGAAGUGUCUCUGCUGCUCAUCUACCUGAGAAGAUCUGACAAGAACUUCACCUGGGAGGCAAACAGGUGAAACAGGGAAGUUUGGAUGUCUCAGUGUGGGACAUCUCUGCCCUUUUCAGAUCCGGACUUUAAUGAAAGUUUUCACUUUUUAUUUUGGCGAGGGCUUCCACUUCCUGUCACCUGCCUGCAGGUGUGUCCGGCCCUGUCAGCCAUGUUUAAACUGACCUCUAAUGUCUUAUAAUGUGUGAAAUGAAUUCAUGUAGAUAAAUAGCAGCUUUCUGUAGAGUUGCAGCCAAAUAUUCUUUAAAACUAGCUGAACGACGUCCAAAGAAAAAGAAAAACUUGUUUUCCUGCAUUUUCUGUUUGUUUUCACUCCGCUUCCUGUCUGAGUCGAAGAACAAACAAAACCAAAAUAAUUCCUUGCUGUCACGUUUUAUGUCUGUCAUGAACACUUUGGAAAAAAAAGAAGUGAAUAUAUAUUUUCUUAUAUUGUCACAAGAUGAGCUCCAAGUGUCAGGAAAACCAAAUAAGUGAAGGAAAGAACCAUUCAGACCAAAAGCUCCGAAAUAUUCACAGAUAUUAUCUUUGUAUUUACACCACAGGGAGUGUGAGUUCACUGUGUGGAUUAAUGUCUCUACAAGUGACCCCCCCCCCCUCUUCCUGAUCCUGAAGACUUAGUACCCUCUGAACUGGACCAGGUCCUUAGUGCGGUCACUGCAACAGGACAUCUGAUUCAGGAUUCUAGUCCAUGCUUCACCAGAGUGACCCCUCGGCCAUUUUUCAGUACAUUACAUCUCUAGAAAGGUUUAUCGGAAACAUCUCUGUCUCUCAGCACAGAUAUCACUUCCAAAAAUACGUUCUACAAAUAUAACUCAUAAAUGAUAUUUACUCACUGUUGCAGCUGCAGGAAAGUUGAACUCUUUUGGAUUUUUGAUAUUUUGGGAUCAGUCUGACCUAAAACAAUUCAAAAAGUAGAAAAACAGAAUGAAAAGAUUUGACUUGAUUUACUGAUGAAAAUGAUCCAGUGUCUUCUUUGCUUCCAGGAUCUGCUGUGGCCUCUUUGUGCAGCAGUAACAUCAGCUAAACUAAACUGUUGAUCAGUGGUGAACAUCAUCUCUGAGGACUUUGAGCUUCAUGUCUGGGGUGUUGGUGUUUUCCUCACAUGAACAUUUCUGAUGGAUUACGCUCUCGUUCUUCUUGCACGUUCUUUGGUAGAACAGUUUGUGAGUUGAGGUUUGCUGUCUUUCUCCAUGAUUCACUUUCUCCUUAGAUUCAGUCCACCGAUAGAUGUCCUGAGACUUUUCCUUCAGAAUCUUGUCAAACUUCAUUAUUCCAUCAGUGAUGGUGAGCUGUUCUCGUCCAGAUGCAUGAAGCAGACCCAAACUACGACUCUACUGCCACCAUAGCUGCCUUUUGACCAUAGGAACUUUUCUCAGAUGAGACAAAGUUCUGAUCCUGAAUGCUUUUCUUUCUUCUCAUAUUUGGUCUCUUUCGUCCUCUGAACAGUCUUCAGCAUCGUCCAUGUGAUCUGUAGCAUUGGACAGGAGUGAUGGAAAGCAGAGCUUUCUCUUUGCACUCUCCUGCCAUGCUCACCAUUGUUGUUCAGAGUUCUUCUGAUGGUGGAGUCAUAAGCUUCAACAUCAGCAGGUGUGAAAGAUGCCUUCAGCAUCUUACAGUUUCUAAAUCAUUUCCAUUUCUACUGUACUCUGGUCUGGAGUCAAAACUCUCUAAAGAAGUUUCUGGAACAUUUACCAGCCCGAUGAAGAUCAACAUCCAUUUCUGAAGUCCUCACACUUUUCAUCUAUUCAUGAUUCACCUCCUACAACAUGUGAAGAUCAGACGGCUCACCUGAAAACACCUGCAGUUUCAAAUACAUCAUUUACAUUAAUAAACAAAGUCUAAUAUUUUAAUGUUAUUUAAUUGUUUGUUGGUGAUGUUUUGGGUCAUACUGAUGCAGAAAUAUAGAGAAACCUUUUCCUGCAGCUGUUCUUGUGAAUUUUACUUCAUACAGCAUACGGCUGUGACUUUUUUCAACCUCAACUUACAUAACACUUUACAUUGCACAUGUUUUAACAGACAGGAAGUGUAAAGCAUAUCACAGUGUAGGUGCACACUGAAGUGAUUGAUUCAUAGAUUGGUGUUAGAGCGCACUGAUUGUGGUCUCAUCGAGCUCUGUCUGUAAUGGUCUGCAUUCAUAAAGUCUAAAUUUAUUCAACAAAAAUUGACCUUGUUUGACAUCUUAGGUCACCCUCCCUGCUGUGCUUGGGGUCAAAGGUCAGAGGUUACGGUACUCCCCACUGUCUGCUCUGAAAUGAGCGGAGUGUUUCUAAAAGUUGAAAGUGGAACAAACUGAAGUGUUUUGAGACAUUUUAAUGAGUUUGGCUGUUCUUUUUCUAGAACUUUCUUCCUUUGGUUCAGUCUGAUUUUUCUGUCAUUGCCGUUUGGCAGUGAAGAAGAAAUCUGCCAAAAAAAAGAUGUUAAAAUGAGUAUUUUUAAUUCUAAUAAUAUGAUUCUUCCAGUUUGACUCUGAUUUUCUGUUGCUUGAUUUUUCAGAUUCUUUAUGUUGGUAGUUAAUUGAUGUGAAGAUAUUUGUAGGAUUUUAAAAGCUGUUUCCAGCUGAAGGUAGAGCCUCUGAUUACACGGACAUCAGCCAUAUUUUACCAUAAGCCAUACGUGAUGUCAAAGCCAUGCUGUGCCACAGCCAUUGGAUAUAAACCCUGUUUUGUUAGUUUGAGUUGAGUCUACCUCCUGCUGUCGACACACUGUAGUAACUAAAGCUGAGAUGUAGAGAUUGUAGUGACUGAAGGCUAGAACCAAUGAGAAAAGUGAUGCUUUAAUGUUUGUUUUCUUUUCUCUAUAAAAAUAUUUGAAUAAUGUGUCAUUAAUAAAGAAAAAAGCACCCAAAGCUUUAAACAGGUUUUUAAACCGAACAGAGCAGUUACCUGUUACGUUCAGACAGAAUUCAGAGCCUGGCUGUAACUUCCUGUUUGUGCUGCAGAUUUACUCCUCAGAUUGAACUCUGCCUGUUCUGCUUUCUGCUGUUCAAACACUUAAAAACCAAAUAAAACUGA